AUGAGUGUUCCGGCACCCUGGCUUGCUCCCUUCGUGGAGCAGUGUCUCGGCGCAUACACAGGUCAAACCAGCCACGAGAGCAUCGAAAUCAAGGACGAUGGCGCGACGAUACAUUUUAAGCAGCCUGGGUUUGAACCAGCUGCUGCUAUUCUGGAUGUAGGUUCCAUCCCCACAUUCAUGUCCAUGAACCUGCUGACGGACCGAUCAUUCUUGCAGUGGGCUCUGGGUCCGUCCCAGGACAGCGCGCAGUUGAUGGAUGUGGAUCACCAGAUACGCGCAGUAUUCCAGCGCGGUUUGUCCGACCAGAUCUCGCAGACUCCCGAAACGUACCAGAAAGACAAGAACCCGAGAAAACAUACAAUACAGCUGUUAGACUUCGAAUUGGCUCUAAUUUACUCGGCCUCCUCCCCCGACGUGCAGCUGAAAAUCAACAAGUACAUGAUAUUGUGGCAGAAGGGGAUGAUCAAGGCACUGACGCCAUCUAAAAAGUUGCGAAAGAACCAGAAGGUCAAAAUUUUGCUUGAUAAAUCCCUGCAAAGAGUGAAGGGUAGAAGGGUUUCCACCAAGCAAAAUGUGGCAAGCACUUCACUGGCCCAGCCCUCGGAAACAUCGAAUCACCAGCCUUCUCAGUCCCUAGAUCAUCAGCAAUAUGGAACGCAGUCAUGUACUGUUUUAUCUCAGGCUGCCUUUACCGACCGUGACUUGGGGCGAGAGAAUUUUUACGUGGAUCGUCACCUAUUGCGUGAUCCAAACGACCUCCUUCAACACCUUGGUCAGCCCGCGCGAGCAAUCUCGUGGGCCCCGCAACAACCUUUGUUUCACAAACAGGAAGUUAGACAGGAAGUUACCGGACAAGGCACGGAAAUUUACAGUGAAACUGGCAUCCGGGGGAGGUGUAGUCCUGCUGGACAAGACCGUUGCCGAUCGACGUCACCGUCGAAGGACUCCAUCUCGUCCCAGCCACAUGACUGCGCUACAAAUGAUCCAAGCCGUUCGGAGCUGGGUCAAUCAUCACUUUCGCAUACGGACCAACGCGGCGUUCCUCUUGCUCCAAAAGAAGCUGUCGAGUAUGUGAAAGACUCGGCCAAAGCUGAAGGUCACGACAAGCUCUUUUCGCAGAAAAGGCCUCGUAGUGACUCGAACGUUGAUGAGGAUAUUACUUUGGGUUUGGAGAAAGGUACCGAUGCUGCGGAUGAGUUUGGACCGGAUCGCGCUUUCCCCAAAAGACCUCGAGUGGGUGAGGCUGCCUCUUGUGUCGCACCGCCUCAAUUAGACGUGUCCUUCCGCAAAGCCAGGGCGAUAACAUGUCAUGAGGAUGGUGGUGAAAAUGAUCACGAAAUAAAGGAUGGGGAUCGCCGCCCAGUCACAGAUCCUUGGCGAGGCUUGACGCAGAUUCUCGCAAGUGAUGUUAUUAUUCCGAAAGAUCAAGUGGAGCUUCUUGAAAGAGGCUAUUGUUGGAUCCCGCCGGCUCCUGGGGAUCCUGAACCCCGUGGACACGUUCCGCCUGCGCUCCUCAAGCAAUGGAAUGAGAUCGCCCGAGCGAGGCAUAGAACUCAAGUUGAAGAGCGUCACAAAAAGCCUGACGAAGCAGAUUGCACGGAGCUGGCAUCAAGUCCUGAGUCCCGCUCAUCUUCUGAGAUUGAAAUUGACACUCGCGAGGAUUGGCCGAGCUCUCCUGUGAGAGCGCCUCUUCAUCUGCUUCCUGAGAGCAGUCCUGUGAGGCAAACCCCAUUUGCGUCAAGAAAUGAAAUUUUAAAGCAAGUUGACCAAGAAGAAAGCUCAAGGGAUUUUGCGAGCUUGGACGUUUCUGAUGACCAUUUGGAAGAUCCAUCGCACACCUAUAAGCCUGUCCCUUCUUUGGACAAACCGGUCCAUGAUGAAGCUACCUUGACAACCCUGAAUGAUUGUCAGCCUGGCCAAGGGGUAUUCUCUCCCGCGGCUGCGGAGACGGAGCCUGAACACGCAGUCCGAGAAACUGCGCAAGAUACAGCGACUCUGUUGAGCGACAAAAAUGCAAAUGUUUCCUGCACACAGAACGAGGAGAUACCAGCAAUAUGCUUGAGCAGGACCGGAAGCUUGACAGAAGAAUUGAAUCUGGAAGGUCAAGAUCAACAUGAUGAUAACGCGAGCGACCAGGAAUCUGUUAUGGAAAAUACAGUGCCCAUUGCCCUUGGCGAAAGUAUGCCGCCGACUCAAGAAAGUCAAUUCGAGCAGGAAGAUCCAGUCCCACACCAGGCUUCCUCCAAAAGUAUGACAGGCCAGGUGCAAGUGGCAGUCACUCCCUUCCUGGGUCACUUUCGCCCACGCAAUGGUCUAGAGAGCUCCCAAAAGGCCCUCGAUGACCCGCAUUCCCUGUUCUCGUCUCAGAGCAACAAGCACUCAUCGCAGUCCCGCGUUGCUAAUACCUACCCCCUCGUGGAAAGUCAUGAGAAGAGCGAAGUUUUCACCAAUGCACUGCACGCAUCGUCAUCUCGUUCUUCUGAUGGCAGGUCACGGAUGGAUGUCAAUGUACCUCAAACUCAAUCAAGUGGAUCUGCUUCGCUUUCACAAUGCACAAGUGAAAUUUUAGCAAACGGCCUUAUACCAGAAUCUUCUGAGCCCAACCAAUGGCAGAUUCAGCCGUAUCAGCGGAUGCCAGAGGCUUUGAAACAGCCUUCAAGUCAGCCUUUCGCCAGCUCUGUUAGCAUUCUCUCUUCACAAGUCCUCGAUUCAACCCAAGGCUCAAUGAUGCUAGCCCCUGCGGGUAGAGGUAGCUCACCCAGAUAUUUAACCAAUGCAGAGAAUCUCUCUCCUACAGCAGCCCAAACUCAAUCACCCGGUACAGAUCAAUGGCAGAGAUACGCUGUCCAAGAGAAACAUCAGAAUGGCAUUGCUAGACAGAGUUCUGACCUCAUGGCUCAGCGUGCAGGCUUUCUUUGCGCGUCGCAGCGAUCGGCCGAGGCGCACGAAGUUUUCAAAAGGUUUUGCGCCGAUUAUCCGACUUAUUUUGGCGAUUAUUGUCAUUUCAAAGAGCUCUGUGCCAAACUGCAAGCCAUGAGAGACCGUGGAUUCUUGCAACGAUCAAAUUUGUGGGACGACUUCAUCAUUCAGCACCUACAGGACUACCAGUCGUAUCUCAGCGAUUGCCCAUCUCAAAUGCACCCUAGCCAACUUGACUACGAAACAUAUUUCACCUCUCAUUUCUCCAAAUCAGUGAACAAGAAACGCAAUCUUUCUGGGCAUAGCAUUGCACUUGUCGCGUCAGAGUACACUCCACCUGGUCGUGCGAUGUCUACGCAGGUAGAAAGUCCGAUUAAUUUCUUAACAACGAUGAGCCCGGGGCAAGUCGCCCAUAGUCCACUCACAGAAAGUUUCCUGCAAAGGUUCACCAAUUUCCAAGCACAUUCUUUCAGAGAACCCAUGGACAAUGGUCUUCCCAUUCUCCAGAAAGACCCGCAUGCCCCGACGGAUUUAGCGCCAUCUUCGAUCGACACAACAUCAUCCUCCGUUCAAGUAAAGCUGGAGGGCUCCGCACCGGAGAACUACCAAGAAAUGCUCGGCGUAUGCUUCACACCCUUGAGUUCCCUCGUGGAUAUCCCCACCUUUCAUCACCAUACACAAAGCACAAGGGAGCCUCACGAUGUGCAAAUCCAGCGUGCUUUCCCUCCGAGCAUGAGAAAAGACGAUCAGAUGGGAGAAAGUGUUAAGUCAGCUAGCGACAAAGACGAAGUUUCAAACACCAUCGUGGGGCACGAAUCCCACAACGCCGACGGCACCGAAAAUGAGAAGCAGAUGCAUCCAGAACAUGAUUGUGAGAAUGAAGAUGAUGUGCAAGCGGAGGUCGGGGCCGAAGACAGCCGUCAUGAGACCGCCAGCGUUGAGCUGGGUGACGAGACUUUUCUCUCCGCAAGGUCUCAAUCAUUCCAUGACGAGAUCCCUGAAACCCAGCCCGAGUUCUUCAAGCCGGCUGACAACGAGGAGGAAGGAGAGAAUUGGUUCACGUCGCUUCGUCACAUCUGGGCUCGAGAUGAAUCCGUCUGGUCCGACCACCCUAUUACACCGUUUAAGUCAUGGGCCGAGGCCGAUCAGAAUGUUUUGAGUGAGCGCCAGCGACGUGGCGGAGCCAAAAUUCUUCUGGACAAGAACGGAGUUAUUCGCAGAGCUGUACAUCGCUGA